AUGGACUACAUUUCACAGUUCAUCACAGACAUCCGGUACUUUAAAGGCCAAGUUAAUACUCCAGCUGAUGCCCUGUCUCGCAAUGUCUCUGCUGUCGAUUCUUCCUUCAUUGAUUAUGCAGCAAUUGCUGCAGACCAAGCCAAUGAUGUUGAGCUGCAAUUCGACCAUGUUCAUGUUGAUCUUGUUUGUCCCCUGCUCUACUCCAAUGAAUACAGGUACAUCCUCAUCUAUGUCAACAGAUUUACUAGAUGGCCAGAGGCAAUUCCUCUUGCUGACAUCCAUGCUGAUACUGUAGCACGAGCCUUUAUUACUGGUUGGACAUCAGGAGCUCACUCAGAUCAGACCUUGGCUCCACUUAUGCUGAGCUUGUAUAUGGAACAUCUAUCUGGCUACCUGGUAAAUUUCUCUGCAGUUCCACUGGCUUAUGCAGCCAAGCUUAGGGAUGUGAUGUCCAAGCUUCGACCUGUUCGGUCAUGGCAGCUUUCUUCAAGCAAGUCUUUCGUAAGCCAGGAUCUCCAUGAAUGUACCCAUGUGUUCGUCCGAGUAGAUUCCAUUCGACGUCCACUACAGCCGCCAUAUGAAGGUCCAUAUGAAGUUCUUAGGCGCACAAGGAAGAAUGUUACCAUCAACCGCAAUGGAACUUCUGGCGCAAUCGCCAUUGAUCGUGCUAAACCUGCUUACUUGCUAGAUGUACCUAACUCCCUCGCAAACCCUGUCCAGCCUUUGUAUGUUCAACCAAAGAAAUCUGUAUCGUUCCUCCUUACUCGUCACUAG